CUGAAUCUAAUGAAGGCCUUUCCAUUCUCAUAUUUCAAUAUUAUUUUCGGAAAUUUCAUAUUUUUAAGCAGGGAUUAAUGUUUUAUAUGAUAAAUUUGGUGCCAACAUUCUGUCUUAUGACCAUUUUAAAACACUCAUUGCCAGUUGCUUAAUUUUGUUCCUGUACCUUGGCAAGGCCUGCCAUAAAAAUACUAGUAAUCAUGGCAAGUGAUGCCUUAGUUCUCCACAAACUCAAGCUGCAUGAUCGACCAACUGAUGAAUGAAUCAGAGGAUGUCCGCUUUACUGUCAUCGGAGAGUGGAGUUAUUAGCUGUGAAAGCAUGAUUGUGUUGUCAUUUGCUGACUACCACAAGUUUGCCUCUGUCAUCAUAGAACUAUCGAGUCGAUGAGAUCAAGAAUCUGAAUUACAGCCCUAAUAUCCACGAGUUUUGAACUCAACAAGAAGCUUGUGAUCUGAUGUCCUGCUUGUGGUUGAGCUGUCAAACUUCAUUGGCAUCAAGACCUGCCACCUGCUUUGAGCUGGCUCUUUCUUGAGCCUCAGGUAUGUAACUAGAAUCAUGAAUGUUAUUGUGGUUGUGUUUGCCUAGUACUUGAGGCUGCAAUUAGUUCAAAGUGGUUUGCCUGCCACCUCUUGUUUUUGCAUACAUGUCAAGGGCCAUAGAUUUGCCAAAUCUAUAUAUCUAUGACAGCCUGAUUCUGCUGCUUGGUUGUUGAGAAAUAGAGGAGGAUUUCUUAUCCAAACUAUACUCUUCUACCAUGAUGUUGAGCUCCUCACUUUAUAUAUACAAAUUCUUGGGCCACAAGGUGUUUUAGUCUCACACAAGAGGCAUAACUAUGGCCACACAGGUGUGGCAAUGCCUUCCAACUCCUUCCACCCCUCCGCCAAAUAACCUGUCAGUGUUUGAUUGAUCUGUUUGCUUGACCAGUUCAUAUGUUGAUCAUGCUGCUUCUCUCUUGGAAGCUCAAUCAUAUGAAAAUUUUCUCUGUUUUUAGCUGUUUCUUGUUGACAAGCUAAUGUUUAAUUAGAUGUCAAUCAUUAAUUUCUGCAAAUAUAGAUUAGAAAUUUCCUGUUCUCAAAUUUAUUGAUUGUGUGCAUUUUUUUUUUCUUCUCAAAUAUAGAUUAGAAACAUGGAGUUGGAAAUUAUACAGCUUUGGAAUCUUCAUCUCUAUCCUCUCAUUCUUUAUUGUAUUUUUCUGAUAAGCCCUCACAGGAUGUGCUCUGCCACCUCGGCAAAAGCAAGAUUUGGUCCAUAUCUAUGAAAAAUCUAAAUGUGUCUCAACCACAACUCUUAGAAUCCCAAGGAAAAAUGUAAUUAGAGCACAUCAUUUGCAUUUCAUUUGUGGCCAAGAAUGAACACAAAUUGAGCGGUUGCGUCCAAAGGAAUACUUGAAUCAGAAUCAAUCAGCUCAAAGCAAAAGAUUUCCUCCAUUUAUAUUCCCCUGUCGUCAUCAUCUCACGGCUUAAUAGCCACAAUAAGAAUACUUAAUUCGACGCCCCCCAAAAUAUCUCAGCCAACUCCACUGCUUCUAAUUCUACUUUAUAAGAAGGUGCUGCAAAGAGGCCAUCUAGCGGCAGGAGGGAUGAAGGCUGCGAGGUGGAGGGGCUGCGAGCUCUGCGGCGGUGCGGCCGCCGUGCACUGCGAGGCGGACGCGGCGUUCCUCUGCUGGGCAUGCGACGCCCGCGUGCACGGCGCGAACUUCCUCGUCGCGCGCCACCUCCGGCGCGUCGCCUGCGCCGGGUGCGGCGCCCUCGACGAGGAUCGCCUCCUCGCCGGCGCUGGGUCUCCUCCGGUCCGCUCCCUGUGCAGCGCCUGUGGCCCCGCUGGGUCCGGAUUCUCUGACGACUCGGAAUCGGUCUCCUGCAUCUCCACCGCGGAGUCGAUCGCGGCCGCGUCGGCCGGGCGGCGGGGGCAGGCGAGUGCGGAGGGGGUUCUGGCGAGAAGGGGCGGGCGUGCCGGUCUGGGGAGGCGGCGCGUCGCGGAAGCGGUGCCCGCUGCUGUGGGGCGUCCGAGAAGGGCGUGCCGGGGAACGGCGGAGACGCGCUCGAGGGUGAGCUUGGAGGCGGCGCCGUGGCUCGCCGCGAGGAGGCGCGGGUGGAGAGGGAGCGGCACGCGGGAGGAGGCGAUGCUGAGGAGCUCCAGGGCGGCUUCGGGCGUGCCUGUGGAGCUCAUCGUUCGAGCCUCGACUCGGCUCGCAGGUGCUGCGAUGCGCGCCAGAGCCAUGGCCAUGGAAGAAGGUUGGGCUGAGUGCUAUUAAAAGGCUUCCUUUCUCCUCCUCCUCUUUUACUUCCAGGCUUUGGUAAGUUGGAGGUCUGCAAUGUUAGUAGAAUAUGUGGAGAAAAAGGAAGAAAAAACUGAGAAAGCCUAUAUAAUUGUGGUCAUGCUUUUAGUACCGCAAACUAUAAUGUAUUCAACUGUGCAUUAUAUGCUUGUUA